AUGAUUAUGGAGCACGACCAGGAGAAACUGCUGGACGAGGCGUCCGCAGUUGUGAAGGAGCAGGCGCGCUACAUGAAGCGAGCGAUUGAUAGCGACAACUUGCGAGAUGCGCUGAAGCACGCGUCGAAUAUGAUCUGCGAGCUGCGCACCUCCCUUCUGUCUCCCAAGACCUACUAUGAGUUGUACAUGCUCGUGUUCCACGAGUUACAGCAUCUCUCCGCGUUUUUUUCUGAUAAGUCGCGCCACAACCGCAAGAUGUCGGAGUUGUACGAGUCUGUGCAGCAUGCGGGGAACAUUCUGCCGCGGCUGUAUCUUCUUAUCACUGUCGGAGCGAGUUACAUCAAGUCGCGCGAGGCGCCCGCGUGCGACAUUCUGCGCGACAUGACCGAGCUCUGCAAAGGCGUUCAACACCCCAUGCGCGGCCUUUUCCUCCGCUUCUACCUCACGCAAAUGUGCAAAGACAAACUCCCCGAUGUCGGCUCGGAGUACGAAAGGGAAGGCGGAGGCACGAUGAACGACGCGUUCGCGUUUCUCCUCACGAACUUCACCGAGGCCGCGCGUCUCUGGGUGCGGCUCCAGCACCAGGGGAGCGCGCGCGAGCGGCUAAAGAGGGAGAAGGAGCGCCACGAUCUGCGCGUCCUCGUCGGCUCAACGCUUGUUCGGAUGGCGCAGCUCGACGGCAUGAGCGUGGAGUUCUACAAGGAAGAGGCGCUGCCGCGACUCCUCGAGCAAGUCGUCGGCUGUCGAGACGGCAUGGCGCAGCAGUACCUCCUCGACUGCAUCAUUCAAGUCUUCUCAGACGAAUGUCACUUGCAAACACUCGACCCCUUUCUCCAAGCUUGCCUCAACGUACAGCCCUCAGUCGACUUGAAGGCGAUCUUCGUAAAUCUGCUCAACCGCCUUGCCAACUUUGUUCAGUCUGAGCCGGAGAGUGUGCCGGCGGACGUCGACGUGUUCACGAUCUUCCGCCGGUACAUUUUGGAGCUGCAGGAUCGCUACCUGCUUUCGCUUGCUGACGCGUCUGCGGCGGGUCAGUCCAACGGCGCGUCGUGCUGCGCAGACCUCACGUCGCUGCUGGAACUGCAGAUGUCUUUCCUCUCCUUCGCCCUCACGCUGUACCCGGACCGCAUCGAUCACGUGGAUGGCAUUCUCGCCUCCACGGCGCUGCUGCUCUCGAGGUCGCUGGGCGGUGACCAGCAAGGCGGUGCAGCCGCCUCGGGGCGUGAGAAGUUGUCCCCGGCCGGCGUGGAGGCAGUCGUCGAGCUCCUGUCGUCUCCGUUGCGCAGUCUCUCGCUCUCCGUCCUCGAACUGGAGCACUUCCCCGCGCUCAUGGGCUUUCUCGACUACGACACGCGCAAACAAGUGGCCGUCUCGAUGGUCUCCGCCGUGUUGGGGGCGAGCGUCGCGCUAGAUCAGCCGUCGGCGUUGACGCGCUUCCUCGACUUCAUUUCUCCGCUGGUCUUCGACGGGCCAGACACGCCUGUCGACGAGGAAGAAAGCGGCGCGUCCUCCGCCUUCAGCUCUGAGCAGCAGAGCGUGAGCAAGCUCGUCCACCUCAUCUACAACGCCGACACCGACCUCCACUUUGCGCUGCUGUGCAUCGCCCGACAGAAGUUCGGAGAGGGCGGUCUUCGGCGUCUGCGAUACACCCUGCCCCCGCUCGUCAUCGCCGCGCUGCAGCUCGUCCCCCGCGUCUUGGACCGCGCUGAGCAGCACCAGCGAGGGGAGUCUGACUUGCCAGCCCCCAGCGUCUCUGCGAAGAAAGUUUUCCAGUUCGUCCACGGAUCCUGCACUCAGCUCGUGCAGUGCGACGGCCAAACCGCUCUUCGCCUAUUUCUCAUGUCCGCGAUCGUCGCCGACAACGCGAAUCUUCGCGUGGCUGGCUCCUACGAGGCCAUCACCUACGAGUACCUCACACAGGCCUUGGUGUGUUACGAGGAGGAGAUUUCAGACAGCAAGUCGCAGUUCAACUUGAUCUCUGAGUUUGUCGGGUCGGUCGUGGGGCACAUCCACACUCUGGAGAAAGAAAACCACGAAAACAUCAGCGCAAAAAUCACCCAGCACGCCGCCAAGCUCCUCAAGCGACCCGACCAGUGCCGUGCGAUCCUCGCCUGCUCGCAUCUCUUCUGGAAUAACGAGCGCGUCCGCGACUCGAGGCGAGUUCUGGAGUGCCUGCAGAAGUGCUUGAAAAUCGCCGACAUCGCUGUGCAGUCCUCCACUACGCACGUCGGCCUCUUCACGGAUAUUCUAGACAAAUACAUAUACUACUACGAACGGGAUAACCACGAGGUGACAGUCGACUUCAUUCAGAACCUACUCGCGCUCUGCGCAGAGCACGUUAACUUCGCUCUCCAAGAGGCCGGGCAGGAAGAAGCGCUCGCCAACUUCCGCAACACGGUGCGCUACCUGAAGCACAAGAAGGAAACCGAAGGAGCGAAAUGGAGAGGCCUUACGGGACUCAACGAAAUCAGCGUGUCUUCGUCCUAA